AUGGCAUCCGCGAACGCGUUGGGCUUCCUCCUGCCGCUCGCGGCCGGCGCCGCCGGCGUCGCCGGCGUUUCUCUGCUGCACAUCGACCUGAAGACGGUAGCGACCAACUUCGUCACCGGGCCCGGGCGCACGAGUCGCAUCCUGCUGGCACUCUUCGUCGUCGCGAACUACAAGAACAUGCCCUUCGUAUGGACUUACCGAGUCUGGGCGGCCAUCGUCAGGAACUACAUCCCCUUCCUGCAGGCCCCCGCGAAGACGUCGCGGAUGCUCUUCCACUACAGCAUCACGUCCACGUACAACUCCCUCCUCGAGACCGACUACAACCUCCACAAGUCCAACGCGACCUACUUCACCGACCUCGACAUCGCGCGCACCCAGUGCGUGACGUACCUCCUCCGCGACGGCCUCAAGGCCAUCUCCGCCAACGCCAAGACAAAGGCCGCCGUGACCCCGGACGGCACCGUCGCGAGGGGCGGCAUGGGCAUCGGGCUGGGCGGCGUCUUCUGCUCCUUCAAGAAGGAGGUCGCGCCCUUCCAGGGCUACGAGACGUGGACGCGCAUCCUCGCCUGGGACCGCAAGUGGCUCUACAUCGUGACGUACUUCGUGGUCAAGGGCAAGGUGAGGCCGACGGCGUGGGACGGCGGCUCCAAGUCGUGGUUCGGCCCGCUGCGGACCAGGCGGGCCGCCGUGGCCGAGGGCGAGGCGCAGGACUUCCAGAAGUAUGUUAUUGCUACGGCGAUUUCCAAGUACGUUUUUAAGGUGGGGCGCUUUACUGUUAACCCGAGCAUCCUGAUGGAGCACAGCGGCCUGCUGCCUGAGAGGCCCGGUGGCUGGAGGAGUGGCGCCGAUGAGGUUGGCGACGAGACCCAGGACGUUGGUGUUAUUGAUCUCAGCGCGGAUGCCGAGUGGGACUGGAAGAGGGUGGAGGGCCAGAGGCGCGAGGGCAUGAAAUUCGCCGAGAAAUUCGCCGCGCUGGAUGGCGUUACUGGGCUGUUCGAUGGAGGGGAGGACGGCGCCUUGGGACGAUUCUACCCUGGUUAA